AAAAAACCUCUCAGUCACGACCUGCAGGCAUGGAGGAGGAAACCCAACCUCCGGGGUUAAUACCUCCUCUCGAUCCCGUCGCCGCCGACGGCGCCGCCGGUUACCAAUACGAUGUUGACCCUGACUACGUCCAAGUAGACCCUAGAAGCUCCCGCGCCCUCGCCAUGUUCGUCCUCUUCAACAUGGUUGUCAUCAGCGUAAUCGGUUACCUGGUAAAGAAACCCUAUUUUCCCGAGAUCUACGUCUCAGGCUUCGACGUCUCCUCCAUCAGUCUCUCUCCGAACGCCUCCUCCCCGGCCGACGUCUUCACCGUCAACCUCGCCUUCCGUAACCCUAACAGGGUGACAGGCAUCAAAUACUACAACCUCCGCGCGUUCCUCUACUACGGCGAGCGUCUGAUCACCGAGGCCUCGCUGUCCCCAUUCCGCCAGAGGCUUGGGGGCGACGUCACGCAUCUUAAAGCCCGGUUGCCGGAGAGAGCAGCAGCGGGAGGGUACGGCGCUGUUGAUGAAGCUACGAGGUUUGGGGUUAGGGUUUUCUUGAGCAUAAACUAUACUUCCGUGCGUUUCAGGUCGGAGCCGAGAUUCGACCUGAAGACUUACUGUCGUGAUACUGGGGUCUCGUUGAACUACACCAUGCCUUGCUCCGUUAGGUUCAUCAACCAAAAACAGAGCCUUCUUUCUCUGUUUUCUUUGUUGCAGUUCGGUCUCAAGAAAUCUGCCAGUUUUUUGUUCGGUUGCUACAGUGUUUACAGUUUUUCUAACUCAGUUUCAGAUCUGAUUCAGGCCGAUCCUAUUCUCAAAGCCAACAAGUGGUAUCAGAGCGGUGUAUGCCUAAGUACCAACCAAGAUCUGAAGAGAUGA